AUGGGUUGUGAUUUCGAGAUUUUCAUUCAGGUGUUCUUACGACAGCGCUGGCGCACGUGUUUGCACUUGCAGACAAAGACCCGAUGUGGCGGUGGACCUCUGUGCAAAACCAUGCGCAACGUGGCCAUUUCACUGCCUGAUAGUGGUCGGCUGGGUGCUGGCGAGGUGAUUGCCCAGCCGACGAACUGCACCCAGCCUGAGUCCGAACUCUGCUUGCAAAUACAGGACCUGCAAGAGCAGCUGCUCAACCCCGACGGGGCUUGUGCAUCGAAGGAGCUAGAAGCCAUUGCAGACGAACAAGCCUUUCUUCCGGAGAAGCUCCUGCACUUGCGAGGUGGCCAGAUGCUGACCUACCAUGUUGCUGAGAAAAGUGCUUUACUAUACUCGCCUGAAGAGUUUCAGCAAUUUGUUGAAGCCUUGCGAAAGUACGAAGCCCAACUUGAAGAAGAGUUUGCUUGCAAUCGGAUGUUGUAUUUCCGGCUGCUCUGUGGGAUUCCUGCAAUCUGUCUGAUGCUUGGGAGCGCAUGUCCGGUCAUUGAGAUGGGUGAACCUAUAUGGCUGGAUGACGGUUGGUCUGAACAGAUCAUGUCGGAGAUCAAACAGACACAAGACCGGCGAGCAACACAGUGGUCUGAUCUCAUCCAACGUAUCUUUCGUGUUCGCAGGCUGCCUACAGAUGUGCUCAACUGUAUCGCAAGUCUUAGUUUGCCAGUGUCACCUCGUGUGCGGGUGGCCAUGUGCGAUGAUGAAGGUCAAAGCGAGAAAAUCAGAGAAGGUGAUUUCACUGAACCUGAACUUGGGUGCACCAUGAUGUGA